AUGCAACUCAAAAUCGACGAGAAAAAGCCAGGAGAGAUCACCGUGUUCACCGGUGCACAACGGCCGGAUCUUCUCGCUCUCACGAGCAAAAGCGACUGUCCCCUUAUCUUCCUCUGGCCUGAGUUCCUGGAUGGCGGCAUCACGACCCAGCGACAUUUCGAGAAACUGUACGACCUCCCUCAGCUUGCCGGAUAUCAGCUGAUCGCCGUGCACACCCUCGACGGAAAAGAGACCGUGGUCGGCAGCGGGAACUCCACCCCUUUCUUCUGGAGGGAGCUGGCGGAUAUCGGGAAUGAUAGCAAAUCUGUGCACUUUGCCAAAGUUCUGCAGACCCUUCCGGACGGGGGCUUCGACACGAUGCUCGCCCGAGGAGUCCACCAGGCGAUCGCCCGAAGGGGUAAGAAGAAGGUAGCACAGGGAGCUCUAACGCACGACCAGGUCCAGGACAUGCCGACCUGGACACUGACAGAGACACCCAAUGCCCUGUCUGCCUUGUCUAUCGCCGUCCUUCCCGCCUGGAGGAGCUAUGGGGUCGCAGAGAUGCUCAUCAAGACAAUGAAGGAGACCGCACGGAGAGAAGACAUGGUAGCACUCGUCGUGCCGUUACGGCCCACCCGAAAGACGGAAUUCCAGGACAUCGACAUGGCUGAAUAUGUCGAAUGGACCAAGGAAGAACGCGAGACCAGCGGUCGCCAUCCAAACGAGGAAGUCGGAGACGUCACGGAAGAUAUCAAUAAAGAGGCCAAUGAAGGGACCACCGGGGGGAAGACUGGGCAGGCAAAGGGUACCAAUGGCGGGUUGGACGGACAACAGCCACAGCCAGCAUUCGUCCCCUUCGACCCCUGGCUGCGCAAACACGUCCGUCUAGGGGCGCGAAUGGUCAAGAUAGCGCCGUUCAGCAUGACCAUCAGCGGCAAUGCGGCGGAGUGGGAGCAGUGGUGCUGCAUCGACGUCCGCCAGCGUGCAGAGGAGGCGAUGAAGCUGCGCGAGAGUGCCUGGGUGCCCGGCAACAAGGAGACACCUGUCAUCUUCAAGCCCAAGGGCUGUCUUGCACCCAUGCGGUACUACCCAAGCAGAGACGUGGGCGAGUACCUCGAGCCAAACGUCUGGCUCUUCCACUCUCUCGACCGGUUGUAG